AUGGCAAGACUCACGGAUGAUGCCGACUACGAUUCCGGCGGAACGUCUGAGAAUGUUUUAUUAAAUGACUCAUUUCUGGCCUAUUCCGAACAUCUGAUCCCUAUCAGUUCCCUACGCGGAAUUACUGUAAUUGGUGACAGCAACAUCCAGGAGGUUCUCUUUGGAGAGCUCGCUGCGGUUGAAAAACAAUUGAAGCAAGGAAAUUCAUACCCAGCUAUGAAUAAAGAUACCAUCGUGGAAAAUUGUGCCAAACCAGACCUAAAUUUGUCCUCUCCUGAAUCUCAUGAAGCAAAAUAUCCUACAUACCUUAAUGUUUUACAGUGUAGCCUUUCAUGCGAAGGCGACCUGGUUAUUACGCCUCAGGCCGUUACCAAUAAAUGUAAUUUUGGCCACAUAGCUAGGCAAGAAGUCUCCUUAGACUCCGAUGAUCUGGGUUCAUCCCUGAAAUGUGCCUCACUCUGUCUUGUAUCUUUAGCUUGCCUUGAAACGUCUCUGGAAGAACUUGAGAGUAUUCCAGAUUUUUCUUUAUAUAACGAAGCUGCUCAAGUGAAACUAGAACGGUUUGAUGAAACUAAGAUUCCUGAAUGGACUGAUUUAUCUUCAAGUCUCCAAGGCUCUGCAAAAGAAUGCUCAAUUCCAGAAAAUGAUCAUGGAUUCCAGUCUCAGUAUUUUAUUAAUUCUACAAUAGAACAACUGCCCACUCUUCCCACGACUCCUUACCAGCUUGUUUUUCAUGCUGAGGAAUUUGCUGAGGAUUCAUCUGAAGCCUUAAAUGGUAACCAAGCUCUCACUUUUAAAGAGUGCCCCGAAAUUGAAUAUUCUCCCGGCUCAACUCAGCUUUUUGCCCGGGAUCUCAAUUUGGCCAUUGAAUGCAACAAAAUUUUGGGCCCAAAUAUAGACCAAAUUGAUGGUUCAGCCGGUUAUAUUCAGAAUGAGAGUGGGUACCUUACAUUCAGGAAAGACCUUGGUAAUGAACUAAACACAAUGGUGAAAAAUUCGACUGCACAAGCCAGUAGGAAAACAAGCUCAUUUAUUCAAGAUGACGUAAUGAUACACUCAAUUUUAGAGAAGGAAAAUAUAACCUAUAUUCAAAAUGAUGCGUGCAAAGCUAGUGAAUAUUCCAGUCAAAAUAUAUCCGGCUACAAAGUGAAACAAAGCAAGCAUGACUUUGAGAAGCCUUGCCAAAAUACGAACACGGAAUUAUCAAGUCUUGCCAAUCCGAAUCCGAAUCCGAAUAUUAAUAAAGAUGUAUUAAUAAGUGGAAAAGAAACAAGUGUUAUCAUUUCUGAGCGAGUUUCUGACGUGGCUUCAGAAAAGGAGCCUGUACUUAUCAAUCUUAACCUUCCCAGCCCUUGUAGUUCUGAGCAAAGAUUAAUUGGCUACUUAAAGUGUGUGCAGUCGACCACUGGCCUUGUAGAAAAUUUAGUCACUACUUCCAGACAGAGCCUCUUCAUGGAACACGAGCCCAGUCCUGUUAAUGUUUGCAGUGAUAACGAAGCAAUUAAUGAGGUUUUUGAUGGAGAAAGCACAUCUGGAGAUAAUCCCACUUGGAAAAAAGAACUUGGCGCUUCAAGUAAGAUCAAAGCUAUCUCAACUAGAAGUCUUGUAAUGCAUGAGCGAGAGAUUGCUUUGACAUCGAAAUCGGCUGAGAGGAGAGGCCAAGAUGCCCUGGCUCAAUCGAUUGAAGUAGACGGCAAGAAGCUCAUUUUAUCCACAUUUACAAAUGAAGAUCCUUCAUCCUCUACUCGAUCUUCCCUAUCCAUAUCAAACCGUCAUAUCAACAAAUAUAAGAUUUCAAGAAAAAAUAAGGGUGGAUACUUUUAUACUAACAAGCCAGAUUUACCUAUUCCUGUAGCAAUGACUUUACCUACACUACCUGAUAAAGCUAUUGAAAAGCGAAGUGUAACUAAAAAUUUGGAGAACAAUAAAGCAUGGAUCUUAAGAAAGAUAGCUGUCGCCAAGAAGUUUUUCACCUGA